CUCCCUCUGUUUUCACUGUGCCCUCCAUCUCUCUACUUACUCUCACUCUGUCUUGAGGACAUUACUGAGUUCCGGCUGAUAGCUUUUGAGCAGCAAUUCCAUCCCUCCAUCCUUCCGGCCAUUGUUACAGAGCUGUUUGAGAGGAGAACAGAAUAGCCUGAGGCAGUGCUGACCUGAAAGACACUUCUGACCAACCCCACCUGUUUCUGGAUCCUAUGGAAGCUAAGGCUAAGAGCGGGGCACCAGCGCCCAAGGCAUCCUCUAAAGCAGAGAAGAAGGAGACCGCUCCCCCUAAAAAGGUCGACCCCACUCCAGUAGAGCCUCCACCCCCAGCGGUCCCUGUGGAAGAGCCUCCAGUGGAGGAUGGCUCAGCUGAACCAGAGGGGGCACCAGAGGGGGAGGAGGCAGCAGAGGCCAGCACAGACUCCCUGGAAAGCCUGAAGCCCUUCCUCAUUGGUGGUGCCAUCAUCGCUGCUGGUGCCAUCCUGUUGGGGGCGCUGUUGUUGGCAAGAAGAAAUUAACCUAUUGGUUGAUGGGUUAACAAGUCACUUGCUGAUUGGUUCAUAGACUAUCAUGCAGCUGGUAGAGAUGGGGGAUGGGGAGCCACUUUGCUUCUUAAGUUUAUUUCAGUCUGACCUAGCUUGUAGUGAAUAAAAACAUCAGUGAACAUUCAAGUAAUAUAUUUUUGGGCCCCUGCUAGUAUACUCAUGCAUGAAUUUGCUCCACCUCUCUAACUGCACCUACUUAUUAUAGGGCUACACGCUUUUAAUCACCAUACAAAUGCACUCCAACAGUUACACUGGACACACACAUAUAUACGGUACUUGAACACCCUAUUUAUCCAGUAUGCACUGAUAAACAUUUUGAUGUUUCUGGGUCUACUAAUACAUCAAUUAGAAGUAGAAAUGCAGUAACUUUAUAUUGUUUGAUUUGAAAAAGGUCAUAUGAAGUGAAGUAUGAAGUAUAUUAAACAAACUAUUGUGAGUGCCUAGAAGGUUUGGGGUCAAUUUCAUUUAAAUUCCAGUCAAUUCAGGAAGUACACUGAAAUUCCAAUUCUCUUGAAUCCUUUUCAAUAUAGAACAUUUGGAAUUUGAAUUGUGUUUAAUUUCUGAGUGCAAUUUAAAUGGAAUUGAUCCCAACCCUGGUGCCUAGUAUGUGCUAUUUCUAUGCUCGUAUUGCUUUUGCUGUAAAUACCUGGUCCCUGCAGAUUAGAUGUGAACCCUUUUGAAUAACGGUUUUAGACCAGGAGAUAUCGUUAUAUUCAGGGGAAGUUGCAUGUUUUAGGGAAGGCUGUGUGUGAUGUCAGUAAUGGCAGAUAAUAGUGUGACAGAUGAAGUAACUUAAAUAAUUGUAUGUAAUACACUUCCAUUUCAGUCUCUACUGAUGCUGAGGUAAUAACGUUUCAUUGUCAAAUUGCCCCUAUAUCCCAAAUCAAUAUGUACAUUAAGAUUAUAGUCAAAGUUAUGCCUGGCUGCCUGUGUUUACUGCCCUGGUGACACAAAUGGAGUAUAAACCAAAAGCAUAUACACUAAAUUGCCAAACCUAUUGCCAAAAAUAUUAUAUACAUUAUAUUUUAACCCCGUGUGUUAACACUGAAAUCCCUUGGUGUGUCCAUUUGUCAAAUGUAUUAACAGCUUGCUUACUACAAUUUCUCUGGAGCAAUAGUGUAGCCUCUAUUUAUUUGAAGACCAUACAUGUUAGAGAGUGUUAGUGCGAGAGACUGUGCAGCUACUGUAAUAGUACUGUGCAUUGUAUGAAUUUUGAUUCAGAAUGAAAAUAUUCUACAUGCAAUAUGUGGUGUACCAAUGUAUGUGGUAGCUUGGCCAGUCAUGCUCAGCAAAUCAGAAUAUACACAAAUAUAUUACAUCCAUCUCCAACCUCCAGGAAAGCGUUGAAAGUACGAUGAAAUGAUAAUACAUGCAUUAUGGUGUAUUUUGUAAUAUUUUUUGAUAGUUUGAUGAACCUAGAAUUCAAGUAGAAAGCAUGCAUUAUUGAUGGGAGUAGAGAAAGAUGGAUUUAUUUAGUAGAUCAACUGAGACUGUUUCCUCAUUUGUUUCCCUAUUAAUUACAGAGAAGCUCUCCUAUUUUUGAUAACAUACAAACAGUUUUUUGUUUUAAAUUUUAGAAGAGGCCUAAGAGAUUUUUAACACCCAAUCAAACAUCUUGCUUGAACACUGACAUGUAGCGUACCAUGAUGCAAUAUCAAUACCUCCAGCACAGCAACAGAACAGACACAUAUUCUGCGAACACAUGUUCAAAUAGCCUAGUCAUCAUGUCACAGAGUACUAAAUCAAAUCUAGCAGUUAUUUUCCUUGGUCUCAAAGAGCGUAUAAAUGCAAUAAUUCCAGUAGGACUUCACAUUUUAGCACAUUCUGUAUGAUAUUAAAAUAAAUGGCAAUGAUGGUGAAAUGUUGAUGGGUAAUACUAUUGUAAAUGGAGAAUGAGAACCAGAUGAUGAUGUGAUAUUGGUGAUUAUGAUGGGGAUUAAACCUAUAUUUUCUUGAUAUCCCAGCUCCCUAUAUAACAUAUUUUCCCUCUUGCACACUCCCUCCCCCUGCCCCCAAAGCUCCUUGUGUAAAUCCAAAUGGUUGUAUUGUGACUUGACCUGACCUUUAUUAAAGGCAAUGGACGUUCUUG